AACCGGUGGGUGACGCGAAAGCCGCAGUCUCCGCCCCUGUGGCAGCUCUGUUUUUCAUCCUGCGUCACCAUUUCAGUACACAGCGCCACAUCUUUUACAGCCACUUGGUCAAAUACGAUUGCAUCUCCAAACCUAGAAGUGAGCAGCCCGGCUGACUGCAGCUCCAGCCAUGGCCUCCUCCGAAGUCAGCAUGCAUGUGGAGGAAGUUGUUGUCGUGACAACGCCAGACACUGUGGUGGAUACAGCAGUUGUGGAGGAGGUGAAGACUAUGCUGGUCACCACAGAGCUGGCCCAGCAGGGGGAAGAAAUGGCGGAGGAGAACAUGGACCAUGAAUCUGAAAUAUCCACCUUCACUGCGACUCCCAUCCUGGAGAAAGAAGCAGUUAUAGCAAUGAAGCUGUCUGAAGAAGUGGAGAAUAUGGAAGCAGAAAUUAUAUACCCCAUAACCUGUGGAGAUAUCAAAGCUGCCCUCAUUUGGAGGAAGUUUGUGUGUCCUGGAAUUAACAUCAAAUGUGUUCAAUAUAACGAACACCUCAUCAGUCCAAAGGAGUUUGUUCAUUUUGCAGGGAAAUCCACUCUCAAGGACUGGAAAAGAGCAAUUCGCUUGAAUGGAAUCAUGUUAAGGAAAAUAAUGGAUUCUGGAGAACUGGACUUCUACCAGCACUCCAAAGUGUGCUCCAACACCUGCCGCAGUACCAAAAUCGAUUUAGUGGGCAACAGGACAUCCUUUAGCAGUCAGCAGUCCACAGAAUUUAUCCCUGUUACUCCCUCAUCAGCAGAUGACCAGGACACAAGACAAAGACCGACAGUCUCAUUCAUAUCAGUGAAUGGGUCACCAGCCACAUUCACAAUCGAAACCACAGAGGAAAGCACUGAGUGGGUGACAACUAUAGGAGAAGACACAGUAACCUUCUGGCGUGGACUGAAGGACGCUGGACUCUUAGAGGAAGUGGUUGAGGAGUUUCAGAAGGAGGUGAAAGAAACACUGAAAGGACUACAGGACCGCAUUCAGCAACCACCAUUGCAAGUCAAUGAUGCAGUGCUGCUGAACAACAUAGUCCAGAACUUUGGCAUGCUGGACCUGGUGAAGAAAGUCUUGGCGAGCCACAAAAGCCAAAUGGACCGAUAUCGGGAGCAGUAUACCCGUAGCUUAGUCGCCCUGGAGCAGCAGUGUGACGAGCACCGCAAACGAGCCAAAGAGCUGAAGAGCAAAUCCCAGCACCUGAACAACGUCCUCAUGACCCUCACGCCCGUUUCCACGCCCGUCACCCCCAAACGGCCCCGCCUGAUGCGGGCCACUUCGGGCCCCGCCUCGGUGGCCUCCCAUGCCUCCAGCCAGCCCACGCAGAUCACGCUGGCCUCGGGCCUGCCCAUGGGCCAGCUGACCAGCCUCCCCUUGGACAAAGUGGUGUCGGCCAUCCAGGCCUCCAGCAUGAACUCCCAGCACACUGCCACCUUCACCGCCGCCAACUCGCCCCUCCUGGGCGGCUACACGGUCCUGGCCUCUCCUGGCACGAUGGAGAUCCAGCCCGAUGCCUCCAACCUGACCGUGCUCAGCACGGCGGCCAUCCAGGACGGUGGGACCAUCGUCAAGGUGGUGAGCCCCUUCCAGCUGCUCACUUUGCCGGGGCUGGGCGCCACCUUGCAGAACAUGGCGGGGGCCGGGGGCACCAUCGUCACCAUGCCGACCAGCAACAUCGAGACGGUGGUGACGCAAGCCGAGGAGCCCACCGUAAUCGAAGUCAAAGAGGUGGAUCAAAUGGCGGAAAAGCAGUAAAAGGCAGAAUGGCCGCCGGUACAGUGGACACAGAGCUGCCUGGAGUGUCCAAUAUCUCACCACUAUGCUUAGGGAGAGUUCUCCUGCCAACCUGGGCUAGAAUAUGUUAUGACUACUGUUUUAGUUUUGUUUUUUUAGUUCCAGUUUUUUUGCCACUUUGUUUAUGUCUUUCAUUUUUAAAUGCCCGGAUCAGACUAGGUGUCACCAAUACUCACCAAUGCCAUGCAUUGGUCAGGUGUGAGGGAUUGUUGGGUGCACCAAUUCAUCGAUCAGGCAUUGGCAUUGCGGUUCAUCGUUUUAAACCAAUCACAUUUAACACGGCUGACUGAAGCGAACGAUGUAAAAGUUUGUGUCUGCACUUUGGCAGCAGCAGCUCAGAACUUCAGUAUCUUUACAGCGUGUUGAAAUGAUCCGGAAGGCACGGCAUCUUCAGGAUGACGACGAUAUUGAACAUUGUUAAGUGAUUGCUUGCGUACAGUUUAUUUCUUUCUUAAAAACAUCUAUUUUAAUCUUUCAAAUUCCUUUUUUGCAAUAACAAUACAGGGUAAUUUCCCAUUGUGGAAAAACUUGAGUGCAAGCUGGCAGCUGAAAAUAUCCCAAUUUGCGGUUUGAGUGUUUGGUGUAAAUAAAAUGUGUGAUUGUAAAGCAGUGCUGAGACAUAGUGCUUGUGCCUUCACGUCCUUAUUUUAUCACAAGGACCCCUGGUGUACACACAGUGGACCUAAACAGUAUUUCUCCUUCUAUUUAAAAUAAAUUAAGCUGUUUUACUCAUGAGUUGUAAUCGACAAAACUAUAAUUUAUUUUAUAUAAUGCCAUGUUGAAGAGAAGAUGCGCUGUCUUCACCAAAAUAUAAAUUGCAAUGACUCCCAUGAACAUCUGAGCAUUUGAACCCAAAAUAGUGGUUUACAUUUUUUAAACUGUUACCAAGAAACUGAUACUGAUUUUCAAACGUUAUGACAUGCUGCACAAUUUCUGCCUGUAAAACAUUUAAAAAAUGUCCUAACACAUACUGCAUUAUGUACUUUAACUGGUUAUUAAUACUAAGGUUUUUUUCUUUUUGGUUUAUGUAAAACUGCCAUAACUGAAAUUGUAGAUAGUUUACACUUGAAUAAAAACAGUCUGUAAGGUUUACAUUUUGCAAAUGAAUUGUACAUUGAAUAGUAAUAAAAUAUGCUUUUUGUUUGUUUA